AUGAGUGAGGAAGGAGUGAAGUGGAAGAAUAUCCAGUACAAAGUAUACCCUAGAUUUUCCAUGGAGCAGGGAUCAAUAACAUUCAAGGAUGUGGCUGUGGACUUCACCCAGGAGGAGUGGGGCCUGUUGGACCAUUCUCAGAAAGAGCAGUACAUGGAGGUCAUGCUGGAGAAUGCCUGGAAUCUGCACUCUGUGGGGCUUCCAGUUCCUAGAGAAGAUUUACUCUCCUCUUUUCAACAAGGGGAAUCACCAUGGCUGCUAGAGGAAAAAAGCCCAAGGAGCUCCUGUCCAGAUGUAGAUACCAAUUUUGAAGUGAAGGAAAUGUCUACAAAGCUUACCAUUUUUGUGGAAGGAUGUGGCUCUAAAAGAUGCAUGAAUGAGAGUCUCAUUUUGAGAGAAAUCUGUGACUCUGAUGUCAAGGGAAAAAAAAAUUCAAAGAAUGAUAGUGAAUUUGAUGAAACUGCAGAGAAAUUCAGCCAAUAUUUAGUCCUAAAUCAGGAUAAGAAAUUGUCCUCAGGAAAUGACUGGUGUCACGAUAGUGAAUACAACAAAUAUUUUUCUAAAGAAGUUGAAUUUGUUCAGUCCCAGGAGAAACCUGAAAUGCCCAUGUAUGAAGAUAAUCUAGGGGGCAUGAUGUUUGGCUGGAGUUUAGACCUCAUUAAACAUAAAAAAAUAAGUCCUGGAGAAAUGUUUUCUGUGAGUAAUAAAGGUGGUAAAACCUUCAGUCAGAACUCUGAGAUUGGUUCAUAUCAGAUAAUACAUUCUGAAGAGAAAUCUUAUGAAUGGAAACAAUAUGGAAAGGCUUUCAAACAGGGGUGCAGACUUACUAAACAUGAGAGAAUACAUAGUGGAGAGAAACCUCAUGAAUGUAAACAGUGUGGAAAGGCUUUCACAUGGCAGAAAAGUCUUGCUCUACAUCAGAGAAUUCACACAGGAGAGAAACCUUUUGAAUGUAAACAAUGUGGAAAGAAUUUCACACUGAGGGGUAAUCUUGCCAGACAUCAGAGAACCCACACUGGAGAAAAACUGUAUAAAUGUAAACAGUGUGGAAAAGCUUUCACUUGGCACGACAGUCUUGCACUACAUCAGAGAAUUCAUACAGGAGAGAAACCUUUUGAAUGUAAACAAUGUGGAAAGACUUUCACACUGAGGGGCAAUCUUGCCAGACAUCAAAGAACCCAUACUGGGGAGAAACCUUUUGAAUGUAAACAUUGUGGGAAAGCUUUCACACAGAGCUCCAGUUUUUUUGAACAUCAGAAUAUUCAUACAGGAGAGAAACCUUAUGAAUGUAAACAAUGUGGAAAGACUUUCACACUGGGAGUCUAUCUUGCACAACAUCAGAGAAUUCACACUGGGGAGAAACCUUUUGAAUGUAAACAAUGUGGAAAAGCUUUCACACAGAGCUCCGGUCUUUCUGAACAUCAGAGAAUCCACAGUGGAGAGAAACCUUAUGAUUGUAAACAAUGUGGAAAGUCUUUCACACAAAGGGCUGUUCUUGCUGAACAUCAGAGAAUCCACACUGGAGAGAAACCUUACAAAUGUAAACAGUGUGGAAAGUCUUUCACACAGAGGGCUCAUCUUGCUCAACAUCAGAGAAUCCACACUGGAGAGAAACCUUUUAAAUGUAAACAAUGUGGAAAGUCUUUUGCACAGAGGGUCCAUCUUGCUCAUCAUCAGAGAAUCCAUACUGGAGAGAAACCUUAUGAAUGUAAACAAUGUGGAAAGGUUUUCACAUGGUAUCGCAGUCUUGCACUACAUCAGAGAAUUCACACAGGAGAGAAACCUUAUGAAUGUAAGCAAUGUGGAAAGGCUUUCACAGUGAGAGGCAAUCUUGCUAGCCAUCAAAGAAUCCACACCAAGGAGAAACCCUUUGAAUGUAAACAAUGUGGGAAGACUUUCACAGUGAGGGGCAAUCUUGCCAGCCAUCAAAGAAUCCACACUGGAGAGAAACCUUAUGAUUAUAAAUAAUGUGGAAAGGCUUUUACACAAAGGGCUAUUCUUGCUGAACAUCAGAGAAUUUGCACUGGAUAGAAACCUCAUGAAUGUAAACAAUGUGGAAAGACAUUCACACUGGAGAGAGAACUUGUGAAUCUAAACUGUUUGGAAAGGCUUUCACACAAAGGACUGCUCUUGCUGCACAUCAGAGAAUCCACACUGGAGAUAAACCUUAUAGAUAUAAACAAUAUAGAAAGACUUUCUCACUGGGGAGUCAUGUUGCUAAAUACCAGAGCAUUCACAUUGGAGAUAAACUAUAAAUGUAAUCAAUUUGGGCUAGAUUUUCACAUAAAGCUCCACAAAUGUUUUGUGUCAGAAAUCCCCACUGGAAAGAAGCCUCCUGAUUGAGGCUGAGGUUGUAAUUGCCACUCUUAGCUCACUUAACAGACUAGGAUCUAUGGUAGAGAGAAACUUUAUGAAUAUAAUUAUAUAGUUAGAGAUUUUGUAUCUUGAACUACAUU